AACCGUCGCUGGUCCUCUUUGUCCAUUUCGUCAAACUCCAUAAUCUCUCUCUCUCUAUCUCUCAAACUCUCCGCCAUUGUAGAGAGAAAACCAUGACCAGCUCCUCCGCCUCCACGCGCAAGGCUCUGAGUAAGAUUGCUUGCAAUCGCCUCCAGAAGGAGCUCGUCGAGUGGCAGGUCAAUCCUCCUGCGGGUUUCAGACACAAAGUCACCGAUAACCUCCAAAGGUGGGUUAUUGAAGUCAAUGGAGCUCCAGGAACCCUCUACUCAAAUGAAACUUAUCAACUUCAGGUCGACUUUCCUGAGCAUUACCCAAUGGAAGCCCCACAGGUUAUAUUUCUGCAUCCUGCUCCACUGCAUCCUCAUAUCUAUAGCAAUGGCCAUAUUUGUUUAGAUAUUUUGUACGACUCAUGGUCCCCAGCCAUGACUGUUAGUUCUAUCUGCAUCAGCAUUCUGUCCAUGCUAUCAAGCUCAACUUCGAAGCAACGACCUGAAGAUAAUGACCGCUAUGUAAAGAACUGUAAAAAUGGCAGAUCUCCCAAGGAGACCAGAUGGUGGUUCCAUGAUGAUAAAGUGUAAUAAUCACAGCAUCUUCUUCCUUCAUUGGUUGCUCAAGAAAUUAGAGUAGAUGGCUCGCCUUCUCAAAGGAAGAUGAAGACAGAGAAAAGAAGCAUUUUGAACCAGGAUAUCGUCCAAAAUGCUCAAUAACUUGUGUGCAUUGGCAAUGCCUGGUAUUUGUAAAGGAAGAUCGACAUAUUUAUGUUUCAAGCAAGGGGAGAAACAAACAAACUCAUGUCUUUGUUGUUGACAGUGAGUAACUUGAGUUAACAUAUGAGACGCUUUAAUCGUUCAAAUAUUCUCUGAUGAUUAUUGGUC